AUGGCGUUCGCACCCUCGAUCGGCAACCUCGUCACUCUCAGUACCAUCAUCGCAUCCAUCGUCAGGGCCGUGAACGAAACAUCUGGCGCUUCUGCCGAGUACAAGGAGCUCGUCGAUGAGCUCAACUCGUUCUGCAACAUGCUUACCAUCCUGAGACACACACUCGAGAAUACCACGGUCUCGCCCAACAACGAGCUCGCCUUCAAUUCAAUUCAUAUGGAGAUGGCUCGCUGUCGCGCUCUAGUCGAUGCGUUCGUCGACACCAUCCACCCUUAUCACCGAGCCUUGAACGCAGCGGGUGGCACUGGUCGGCGCCGGCGCUCCCUGCGCGUGAUCUUCCGGAAGGUCUGGUGGGCACUAUUUCGCCAGGAGGAUGUAACGAAGGUUCAAUUGAGGAUGAUGUCACAUCGUCUUCAGAUCGUCGUUUUGCUGAACAGCCUUUCUCUCCCUGUCGUUCAGGCCGCGGCUUCGAACGAAAUCACGACACAAGUCGGCUACAAACGUGAGAAUGGGAUUGAAAUCGUCGAUUUCAUGAACAAGACGUUCGUCAUUCCGUGGGAGCUUUGCUACUCCUUACUGAAAAUUCGUCUUACACUGCAGUCGUAUUACCAACACACGCCAGGCCAAACGCAGGCAGAAUGGGGAGAUUACACUUUGUUUUGCGAAGAUCUUGGAGGUUUGCAAGUCGAUGUUCGGGAUCAUUAUGACCAGCUUAGGAGAGGUAUGAGGCUAACUAUGGCAGCUCUUACCUGGAGGCAUCUUCCAGAAGGCCGACUGUCCGAAUACAAGUGCACUCAAUGCCCUCGCACCAUUUCGGUUGAACAUAUUGAUUACCUGGGAUGGGUUGAAUGGGAAGUAUCUUUCAUGAUCUUUCUCGAGCAGCAGAGCUAA